UACACGCCCGGGCUCCUGUCCGCUUCGCCACGUUCGGGGGCCGUUGGGGCUUGUAGUCGGCGCUGGAUUGUUAUGGAGCAGGUGGCCGCCAACGGCUCUUUGCUGGGCGAGAUCGGGUUUUGGGCAGACCGGACCCCGAUUCACGAAGCUGCGCGAAGUGGGGAGAUCCAUCAGCUCCAAGAACUUAUCAAGAACGGCACCUGCGUCAACCUGGUCACUUACGACUCCAUCACGCCCCUGCACGAAGCCAGCCUGCGGGGCCAGACGCAGUGUGUGGAGAUCCUUCUGGCUGCAGGAGCCCAGGUAGAUGCCAGGAACAUUGAUGGGAGCACCCCUCUCUGUGACGCUUGCGCUUCUGGGAGCAUUGACUGUGUGAAGGUCCUCCUGUCCCACGGAGCCAAGGUCAACCCCCCUUUGUACACGGCGUCUCCCCUCCACGAGGCCUGCUUAAAUGGCAGCGCUGAGUGCGUCCGUCUUCUGAUCAAGGUUGGCGCGAACCUAGAGGCCCACGACUGCCACUUUGGAACUCCUUUGCAUGUGGCGUGUGCACGAGAACACCUGGAUUGCGUGAAGUUACUGCUCAACGCAGGAGCCAACGUGAAUGCAGCGAAACUUCACGAGACGGCCCUUCAUCACGCCGCCAAGGUGCGAAAUGCCGACCUGGUGGAGAUGCUGAUUGAAUUUGGAGGAAACGUCUAUGCCCAGGACAACCGGGGGAGGAAGCCCUCUGAUUACAGCCAGAGCAACAGCUCAGCAGCGAAGUGCUUUGCGUAUUAUGAAAUUGUAAGUUCAUCGGAGCAGUGUUGGAUAUCCCCUGUUGGUGGGCUCCUUUCCCUAUUAUCUUCCUGUUCUACCCAAGUGAAGUAUCAUCCCAUUAAUCUAGAGAUCUUCCUGAAGGUUCUGUUGAUGUUGCUGCCACCACCAAACCCAUUCCUGGAACUCCGCUGCGGUUGUCUCAACUUUGCCGUCUCAGCCUGCGCCAAGCCCUCGGCCAAAAAGCUCUGGAGAAAAUUGCCCGCCUCCACAUCCCUGGGAGGUUAAUUGAGUUCCUCUCCUACAAUCAGUGAGCACCAUCUCAGGAGUGGGGGUACCCAACAGACUUCACCCUACAAAGUUUGGCUUGAGUCCUUCUCAAACAAGCGCUCAUUCAGAACAAAUGUGACUUUCUCCUUUUUUUUUUUAAUCCGUUCAGUCAUGUCCAAUUCUCAGAGGCUACCUGGACAAGUCCCUGCAGUUUUCUUGGCAAGGUUUUUCAGAAGUGGUUUGCCAUUGCCUCCUUCCCAAGGCUGAGAGAAAGUGACUGGCCCAAGGUCACCCAGCUGGCCUUGUGCCUAAAGCGGGACUAGAACUCACAGCCUCCCUGUUUCUAGCCUGGUGCCUUCACCAGGACACCAAAAUGGCUAGUCUUUCCUUUAAUAAAUGUAAAUAUGAUUCCUAAGAUUGGGGUUGAAAGCUAGGUACCUGAUGUUCUCCUUAUCAGCUUGGCUCCUGCAACGAGAGAGUUUUGAGCAGGUGAAAUGCUCCAACACCACUUUGUAAGGUGUGAUGAUCACCCCCAUCUUGGGGAGGUGGAAGUAGAACUACAACUUACACCAAGCCUGACGGGAUCUUUGUAGCCCCGUUUUGUGGCUUUGGCUCUUAACGGCUUGCCCUGUCCUCCAAGAUGCUCCUUGGACGGUUGAUGGUGUUUUACCACAAGGGACUUCCUUGGUGUGGGAGAUGGCUUCCAGUUUGUGUACCUCUCAGGGUUUUGACCACUAGGACACAUGGCGAGAGAGGUGUGGAGAAGGGUCUUCCCAAGCUGUGGCUGUGUCUUACCUGGCCUCUUGUAUGUUAAGAGUGUGAUCAACAAAGUCAAGAUGGUACCACAAUGACGCAAUCAAAGGUCCACCUGGUUUUUUAUGUAUGUUGCAUGUCAGGCAUGUUUAAAAAAUGGGCGUAGUAGUCCUUGUGUAGCAAACACAAUUGGGACCGGCCACUCAGUUGUUAAGCAAAGCGGUCGCUAAGUGAAACAGCAACUGUGCUUUUGAUCUUUCAGGUUUCCUUUGCUUUACAGCAGUGUUUCUCAAUCUCAGCAACUUUCAGAUGUAUGGACUUCAACUCCCAGAAUUCAGGGAGUUGAAGUCCAUAUAUUUUAAAGUUGCUGAGAUUGAGAAAUACUGCUUUACAGACCUGUGAAGGUCAUAAAUGCGAGGAUUGGUUGUAACUGCGAACGGUCAGUAAACAAGGACUACCUCAAGCAGUCCUCAUUAUUCACAAGUUCUGUAUUUGCGAAUUCGCUGAUUUGUGAAAAUGUUUUUGUCACCCCAAAAUCAGUACCCGUGGCUCUGUAUUUGCAGACGUGGAGCAGCAAAACAUUGGAGUAGCCCGAUGCACACAUUCCUGACUGAGAUUUCAGCAUUUGCUAAUUCAGUAUUUGUGGCAUUUUCACAGAACAUAAGUACCACAAAUAAUGGGAAUUGCCUGAAUAUGGAGAUAUGAAUGGCGCCCACUCUCUUGGGUCUGGAAAAAACCCGGCUCUGCCCCCAGGCCUGGGGUUAACGUGUUUGUGGGGAACCCAUCAUGUUUAUAUUGUUGUGGUGGCUUUCAGUCCAAGGCUGUCUGAUUUUAUGUUUUAAACAGUUUCCACGGUGUAUUGGAGCCAUCCAGAGUCUUCUGAAAUGGGCAGCCAUAAUAAAUAUAGUUUAGGUGUGAAUGAGGCUUUUCUAUCCUAUGUAUUUCUUCAUGCACCUAUCUUUGACUUCAGAGAAGACGAAGGUUAGCAUUCACUGAUAGUUGGGUGAAGACCGUACGCUGCAUCGCAGCCCACUAUAUUAUUUAUUUGAU